AUGCCGGAAGCUCCCUUCGUGCUCUCUUCCAUCACUGCCAAGAGUGAUCAAUUGGCCUUAUUUCCUCCAUGGAAAUCUAGUCACUAUGAUGUCGUAGUUGGUGUGUUGUCAGCUCGCCAUAACCAUGAACUUCGAAAUGUGAUAAGAAGCACCUGGCUGAAGCAUCUAAUGCAACAUCCAUCAUUAAGUCAACGUGUGCUUGUCAAGUUCAUAAUAGGUGCUCGUGGCUGCGAGGUGCCCGUGGAAGACAGGGAAGACCCUUACUCCUGCCGACUGCUCAACAUCACGAAUCCAGUUUUGAACCAGGAAAUCGAGGCAUUCAGUCUUUCUGAAGACACCUCAUCAGGAAUUUCUGAGGACCAGGUUGUCAGCGUGACCUUCCGAGUCCUUUACCCGAUUGUUAUUACCAGUCUUGGGGUGUUUUAUGACGCCAGUGAUGUGGGUUUCCAGAGGAACAUCACUGUCAAGCUUUAUCAGGCAGAACAAGAGGAGGCCCUCUUCGUGGCCCGUUUUAGUCCUCCGAGCUGUGGUGUACAGGUGAACAAGCUGUGGUACAAGCCUGUGGAGCAGUUCAUCUUGCCCGAGAGCUUUGAAGGUACAAUCGUGUGGGAGAGCCAAGACCUCCAGGGCCUCGUGUCAAGAAAUCUGCACAAAGUGACAGUAAAUGAUGGCGGGGGAGUUCUCAGAGUCAUGACGGCUGGGGAGGGCGCCUUGCCUCAUGGAUUCAUGGAAGGUGUGGAGGGAGUUGCAGGUGGUUUCAUUUACACUAUUCAGGAAGGUGAUGCUCUCUUACAAAACCUUCAUUCUCGCCCUCGAAGACUCCUUGACCAUAUGAGUAAUCUCCACAGGGAAGAUGCCUUACUGAGGGAGGAAAGCAGCGUCUAUGACGAUAUUGUUUUUGUGGAUGUUGUUGACACUUACCGAAACGUUCCUGCAAAAUUACUGAACUUCUAUAGAUGGACUGUGGAAACAACCAGCUUUGAUUUGUUGCUAAAAACAGACGACGACUGUUACAUAGACUUAGAAGCUGUGUUUAAUAGAAUUGCCCACAAGAAUCUGGACGGGCCUAAUUUUUGGUGGGGAAAUUUCAGACUGAACUGGGCAGUUGACCGAACCGGCAAGUGGCAGGAGCUGGAAUACCCCAGCCCCGCCUACCCGGCCUUCGCCUGCGGCUCGGGGUACGUGAUCUCCAGGGACAUCGUCCGGUGGCUGGCCAGCAACGCGGGCAGACUGAAGACCUAUCAGGGUGAAGACGUGAGCAUGGGCAUCUGGAUGGCCGCCAUAGGGCCCGCACGGUACCAGGACGGCCUGUGGCUGUGUGAGAAGACGUGCGAGACGGGGAUGUUGUCGUCACCCCAGUACUCCCCGCAGGAACUGACCCAGCUGUGGAGGCUGAAGGAAGCGUGUGGAGACCCCUGUCAGUGCGAAGCGGCCGGAGGAGGAUCGUAA